AGAGAUUGGUGCUGAAGGCAAUCCCACGCAACACGUGAUGAACGAUGUAAAAGUGUACUGUAGUUCAGUAAUACCACUCGGAUGAACCCACUUAACAUCCCAGGAUAGUCCACUUAAAUACGGCUAUCAGUAGCCUAAAGGACUGACAGGAGGGAAUAUCGCCUUAAAACUUUAGCCGUCAAAAGUCAAGUGAAUUCAAAGAUGACAGAACUUCAUCGAUGACCUAUAAUGCCUUGUACUCAAAUAUGGAAGGGACGAGCUUCUUACCAGCAUUUUUAGUAGUGUCUUCUGCGAGUACUUUUAUAAUUAGCUACGUUACAGCUGUUUUACGAGGAGAUAUCGAUGUCAUCUUCCCAUAUAUCAGUGAUACAGGGGCGGAGCCUCCAGAGAGCUGUAUAUUUGGACUCCUGACAUCGCUGACAGCCAUAGCAAGUUUGGCUACCAUGUAUGCACGAUAUAAGUUUAUUGAGCGGCUGAUCGACAGGACGGGUGGGAUGCGGCCAUGUGUUAAUAAGGCUGGACUCCUGUUCGGACUGCUCUCCUGUUUUGGAAUGUGCGUUGUAGCCACGUUUCAGGAAACGGUGGUGGUAGUGGUCCAUGACCUGGGCGCGUUGUUGUUCUUUGUGACGGGAGUAAUCUAUAUUUGCAUCCAGACGUACAUCUCACACAGGGCCCACCCCUACGGCUCCUCCAAGGCCAUGUGCCGGAUCCGUACUGGCAUCUCCCUCCUCGCCCUCCUGGCUCUCAUUCCAACUGUCGUCUGUGCUCUUCUGGUGGGAAAAACCAAACUACACUGGAAUGGAGAUGAAAAGGACUACGGCUUUCGGCUGGCCAGCGCCGUGUGCGAGUGGACGGUGGCCUUCAGCUUCGUCUUCUUCUUCCUCACCUACAUCAGGGAUUUCAAGCUCUUCACUCUGACUGUACGAGCUGAGCUGGUGGAACAGGACUAAGAGAGAUGGAGAAUCAUCAAGAGACUUUUUAUACUGUUUGCUUUUUUAUAUAAAUUUACAUUUACACUUGUUGUAUUAACUGAUAUUUUUGUAUGAAUCUAGGUUAUUUUUUAUAUUGACUUCUGGUAUGUUUACAAAAUCGCAAAUACCUCUGGGGUACUUUCACUGUUGUUGUUAUACUUUUUCACAUUUCAGCAGCCACGCAAUGAAGUGAGAAUAUGUUUUUUUAUCUGAUGAUAUCAAUGUGCUUACUAUACAGCCGUAAUUGUGUACCCAUGCACUUACUGUACAUACUGGAUAAGUAAGAGUGGAUUGCUCUAUUGAUCUACACAUUUUUGUAUUUUUCCUAUAUAAUAGUUUAAAGCUGAUUUUGCAACCGUUUUGUCAUGUGAACAUAAACUGACCAUUACAACAGGACAUUGGCAACAGGCCAUAGGUGGAGAUACCCAUUGUGAAAUAAAAACGCAUGAUCAUCUUAA